CUUAAUAAGUUGAGUUCCAAGAAAGCGGCCGUUCACUUCAAGAAUAGGGCUUCUUGUAGUUUUCUUUGAUUUUUAUCGGGUGUUCAGUCUACCACAAAUGAAAAAGCCUAUCGAAAAUCAUGCAUUGAAUGCCAAUCAAUCCCAUCAGACUUUUUGUUGGAAAAACCAAGGCCAAGUCUAUUCAAGUCUCUAUAUUGAUUUUCGCGAGCAGAGCAGAAUGGAAUGGAAAUUCCAAUGAUUGUUAUAGAAUUAGAAUGGCGAUUCCUCACAAUCGCUCCUUGUGAUGCUGCGGAACCAUGGCAAUUAGGAUCUCAAGACGCAGCAACACCUAUUAUGCAAGGAAUCAUUGACUUACAUCACGAUAUCUUUUUCUUCCUCAUUCUGAUUUUGGUUUUCGUAUCACGGAUGCUGGUUCGCGCUUUAUGGCAUUUCCACGAGAAAACUAAUCCAAUCCCGCUAAGGAUUGUUCAUGGAACUACUAUCGAGAUUAUUCGGACUAUAUUUCCAAGUAUCAUCCCGAUGUUCAUUGCUAUACCAUCGUUUGCUCUGUUAUACUCAAUGGACGAGGUAGUAGUAGAUCCAGCCAUUACUAUCAAAGCUAUUGGACAUCAAUGGUAUCGAUUUGGGGGGAGGCGGGCGUCGACCCAACCUUAUGAGUAUUCGGACUAUAACAGUUCCGAUGAACAGUCACUCACUUUUGACAGUUAUACGAUUCCAGAAGAUGAUCCAGAAUUGGGUCAAUCACGUUUAUUAGAAGUGGACAAUAGAGUGGUUGUACCAGCCAAAACUCAUCUACGUAUGAUUGUAACACCUGCUGAUGUACUUCAUAGUUGGGCUGUACCUUCCUCAGGUGUCAAAUGUGAUGCUGUACCUGGUCGUUCAAAUCAGACCUCAAUUUUGGUACAACGAGAAGGAGUUUACUAUGGUCAGUGCAGUGAGAUUCGUGGAACUAAUCAUGCCUUUACGCCUAUCGUCGUAGAAGCUGUUCCUUUGAAAGAUUAUGGUUCUCAGGUAUCCAAUCAAUUAAUCCUCCAAACCAACUAA